AUGGAGGUAAGCUCGAUCGAAAGAAAGAUGUCCAGGCGUUCCCUGGCGGCGAUCUUCACCUUCUUAUGCUUAUCUAGGGCAGUUGAUGACCAUCAUCCUCGCGCUUCUGUAGGAAGCUAGCUGGCGGCGGAACCUCUCCUCCUACGGCAACUGGGACUACAACGACGGCUGCCCUAUCGCCAAUUACUUUGAUCAGGCGGCUCUUUGCGGCAAUGGAAGUGGACUCUUCGAAAGAAGCUUCCUCUAUCCUACCGUGCUCCCACAUCAUUGCUUCUCCCAAGACGCUGAAACGGAUCUCUACCGCAUCUCGCCGCAGCCUCUGGGCGCAGCGGAAGCUCCGUUCGCACGCAAGGUCUUUCUCCAUGGUUUCAUCUUUCUACUGGUAAACUUGAUUGUCGGUUUCGUGGUUGAGGUUUGCGGAUGAAUUCUACGCCCUUGAGUCGCAGGGAGCGAGGAGUACCCAGGGGAGGAAGCUGAAGCAGCUGAUGCAGCGGACGGAGGAAGAGUAUUCCUCCUCCCACCAUUUCUCGCCGGUGAAGACGUCCGGCGGCGGAGCGGCGGAAGAGAAGAAGCCUCCGAGGAAGCACUGCGGACCCAAGGCCGUCGACGAGGACCUUUACAAGAUACCCACCGAGCUCCUCUACCGAAAGACUAGGGUAAGCUUCCUCCUCAGGACUCGUCCCGCUAUCUGUUCUCUCUCUUCAUGUUCCUAUGGUUUCAUCUUGGGCAGAAGAAAACGACUGCAUGCGAGUUCCUAGCGAGGUGCCUCCGUCUCAACUGCAUCCCGUGA